AUGGCGUACUCUCCAACCACUCAAACAUCCCCUUCAUCUUCUUCUUCUUCGCCUCCAUGGGAUGUUUUUCUCAGUUUCCAUGGCGAGGACACCCGCAAGAGUUUUACUGCCCAUCUGUAUACUGCUUUGAAACAAAGAAGCCUUUCUACCUUUAGGGAUGACAAAGAACUGGAGAGAGGAAAAUAUAUAUCUCAAGAACUCUUGAAUGCAAUUGAAAACUCCAUGUAUGCGGUCAUCGUUCUCUCACCAAACUAUGCUUUUUCGAGAUGGUGCUUAACUGAACUGGCCAAGAUCAUGGAACGCAUGAAAAAGACGAGGUUGAUAAUUUUGCCAGUUUUCUAUCACGUGGAUCCUUCUCACGUGAGAAAUCAGAAAGAAACUUUUGUAGAAGCUUUUGCUAAACAUGAAAAUGAUCCCAGGAUUGUCGUAGAUGAUCUGCAAACAUGGAGAUCGGCAUUGCAUAAAGUGGGCCAUAUCUCCGGAUGGGAUUUACGCGAUGGGUAA